AUUGUGACAUCCAAGGGAAAAGAUGUCACCUAUGCUUUGAACAAAACCUGUUCUCCCCCUCUUCCCUGGUCUCCCAGAGAGGUCACCUGUGAGGUCAACUACAUGGAAGUGUCUGUGAGGAGUGAUUUGGCAUGUCCAACAGGGACAAAGAAGGAUGACUGGGAUGCUAGUUUCAAAAGGGCCUAUUCCUCAGCCACUUCAGAGUGGCAGGUGAUGUUUCAGAGGGCGCAGCCAUGGGCGUUACCCAUUAGCCUUAACACGGCUAAGACUCAUGGAUAUACAUUUGACUUAACAGAUGGAAGGCUUGUAUUUCGUACUCCGUAUGGACAACCUGAAUCAUACAGCACUGAGGUGAAUGAUGUUCCAGUAGAGGUAGUCCAUGCAACACUAUUGUCCCGACUAAACUGGGUUUCAGUCAUGGUUGACCUGGUGGCUGCUUGCUCAAUGCAUAAAGGAUCAUAUGACAACAGUAGCUACAUUAUGUGGGAGACUUCUGAGGUGCUACAUCCAUGGGUGUCGGCUCUAAACCAGAUGCAGGACAACAUUGGAGUCAAUGGUGAACUUAUGGCGCAGCCGAUUGCAGAGAAGAGAGGCUACAUUGUAAAGCAGCAGAACUCCACAAUCAAGAUCAGCAUCCCCUAUAAGGCUGAAGGAGUAUACAGGAAGAGCAUCGUGUCUGGGAACUUCUACGAGUUCUCCAUCUUUCAUCUCUACUUGGAGCAAAUCUCAGUGGAUGAGGCUCAUGGUGACACCAGACUUCGCAUUCACAGGAUGCUGGCCACUCCCCUGCUGCCAUGCACAAUUUUAACUGAAAACGGAACAGUUUCUGAGGAGCGCACAUUCACGGUCUACCUCGGGGACGUCCCGGAAGACAUUGAGUUGGUUGCAGUUAAUUUGAAUGGCCGGGAUUUUACAGUGCCCUUUACAAAUGCAAGCAGCCACAACAUCGCAAAAGUUGUUUCCAACCACACUCAUGGCUAUGUUUUGAAGGUGCCUUUUGAUGACCCUGUUGUCAUGCAGCAGUUAAUCAAAGAUGCAACAAUUCAGCACAGGCUGGACAUCAACUACACCCUGACUGUUCUGCCUGAAAAUGAGCCUUUUUACCAACUAGCAUCAGUGACGGCGGUAACCAAUGCCUCCCUGGAGCCCCUUGCGAUAGGGAUCAGGAGCCAUCCUGGCAUCAGCGGCAUUAAGAUAGGCGAGGUGGAAAGCCGGUGGUUCAGUCUGGCCUUUAACUUGGACAUUGCCCCUGACCCAGAGCUGGUGCUCUUUGGGUGUUCAGAAAGGCUCUCAGGUAUCCGCCUGAGAUGCAACAAGCACUAA